AUGGCGUGUUCCCUAAACAUGGCGUGUUCCCUGAACAUGGCGUGUUCCCUGAACAUGGCGUGUUCCCUCAGAUGCUCCGGUAGCGUGAUGAAGACUCCUCCUCCUCCUCCUGGCUCUCUGCGGGUCAAGCGCAAGAACGUCCGCCAGGUGAGGAAACACCUGUGCCUGAACCGGGUCCCCGGCCCCAAAACGGCGCCCACCACCGUGGUCCAGAGGCAGGAAAUGGCCGCCUACUUCCGGCUGUUGGAUGAUGACGUCAUUCAUGACUUUCUGAGAGCGGACUGCUGCUACAAGAUGACGGACAAGUACCUGUUGGCCAUGACCUUCGUCUACUUCAAACGGGCUCGUUUCCCCCUGGCCGAAUACACCCGGAUCAACUUCUUCAUAGCACUUUACCUGGCCAACACCAUGGAGGAGGACGAGGAGGAGAGCAAGUACGAGAUCUUCCCGUGGGCCCUGGGCAGGAGCUGGAGGAGGAACUUCCCCCGAUUCCUGAAGGAAAGAGACGAGCUCUGGACCCGAAUCCAGCACCGGGCCGCCGUCAGCCGCCGCUGCUGCCAGGAGGUCAGGCCCCGCCCACAAUACAGGCCCCGCCCCCCACUAUAUAAGCCCCGCCCAUAA